CGCGCGCAUGAGUGGCGGCCACUUUGACGUGACAAGGCUGUUCAUCAUCUCUACACUGCCACUGUGAUGGAUCGUUGUGCUGCCUUUUUCCUCCAUUAGCUUGGAAGGCUUUUUGCAGUCAUGAACGGAAAAAUAGCUGGAAUAAACUGUGUGGUUAAAAAGCCUCUAGAAAUAAGAGUCAGCGACCAGAAAGACAAUUUCAGCAGUGGGGUUGCAGUUGUCGAUAUUGCACUUCAAAGUGUCCAAACUUUUGACCUUGGGAAUAUCACAUUUAAAAACAACUACACAGCUUUCAUCACUGUUAAAGUCAAGUGUAAGCCACAAGAUGAGAAAGAAGAAACACGAUGGAGGGACUGUGUGAGGCAGCUUCGUCUUAUGCCCGACCCACACACUGAAACAGCAAGUCAAGCUUAUUUUACCGUCUCAAAAUCAGAGAUGCUGUUUGAACCGACUGAAGUAAUUGCAGUGCGUCUUGUUUUACAGCAGCCCUCCCCUGUCUGGGCUCAUUUUGGCAUUGAGGAAGUGGCUAUCUUUCCACCAGAGAUAAAGCCUGAGAGGUUAACCUCUGUCACAACCUGGUUGCUUGAGAAUCAACAUCUAACUGACUCCAACCCAAGACAGACAUCCAAGAAACACUCAGAGAGUACACCUCCUGUGGACAAGAUCACAGCUGGCUUGCAACAUCUGUGGGCUUUGACGGAGACUAUGCGAGCCAACCAAACACAAGUAUCACUGGGUAGAUACGAUGUUGAUGGAAGUUAUGAGAUAAAUCUGUUGUCUUACACAUAGCAGUAACAAGAGAAACAGUCAUGUCCUGUUGACGACCAUCAUUCCACAGACACGGUAUCUUGCAAGUGCGUAGGUUUUACCCAACACUUGCUGUGCUACAUUGAAUGCUGAUUGGCUGCCUGUCAACGGACUUUGGAGUUUGAAGCUGAUUUUGGAUAUAAAUAUGCCGUUUGAUAAGAUUUGCACACCUAUGAGGCAAACAUCACAAACAUGACGCACCUUUGACCUGUAUGCUUCAAUAGGUGAAUUAAUGUUCCAUUUAUUGACCUGCUUUUCAGAAUGAAAUGUCUCAGCUGUUAAUGGUGAAAGAAUUCUUAGCAUAGGCACAAAGCUUUACUUGAUGUUCAGUUUGAUCCUGAUGGUCUCAGUUUGAGCCUACACUCCACUUUCUUGUAGAUUCUACAUUUAUUUCAUUGUUUAGCUGGUUUACUGGCAAUUUGACUAACUUAAAGUCAUAUAUAUGUCCACAUCCAGCAAAGAUGUGUUGCUUUGCCAAUGAAAUCUUUUUGUUUGUUGUUGAAAGAAUAUGUUUUGAAUGUAGUAAUCUUCAGUUUGGAUUCAUUUGCUGACUGAAGCUCUAUUUGCUGAAUUAAUUAUUGGGGAGGGGGGAGUG